GAGUAAAAAUUAAUAUAUUGAAAAUACAAAAAUGGAUAAGUAAUACUCACAAUAAUCCCUCUAGAGAAAGUUUUUCAGAACUUAGCAGAAGGAUCACAGAUGAUUUUAAGAAAAGAGAGCGCUUCUCCAUGAAUAGUACACCCUUAGAAAUACAGAAAAAGGAAAGAACAAUAGCAGAGUCUAGCUUCAAAAAGAAGAGCAGGCUAUAUCAAGGGAAUAAGACAAGCACUGCAAAGUUAAUGAAGAAGAUCUCUAGGAUAAACUUCUCAAGCAUGGAAGAUACUAAAAUAACAGAGUAUUAAUUGACAAUUUAGAUGAUAAGGUCAAAUUCCUUAUUGCUCCCUAUAACAAGAAAGAACUACUAAAUUGUGAGCAUAUGGAAUUUGACUUUGAGAAGAAAAGCAAUGAUAUCGACAUCAAUGCUCCUAAUAUACCAAAGAUAAGAUAUUGGCAAAAGAUAACCAAUUUUGUAUUGAAAGAAAACACUGAUUCUUUCAAUCUUACUCUUAAAGCGAUUAGAAGGAACUACGACCAUAUAAAGCUUAAGAAAUUACAGAACAUUCUUCAAAAGAAAAAGAAGAGAAGGAUGAAAUCUAAUAGAAGGGUUUCGUUCCUUCGGAUAAAAAAGACUCGAAAGAACUCGUUACUAAACUUGACAAUCGCGAAAUCUAGAAGAAGUAUAGCCAAUUCUCAAAGUUUACACAGUCAAUCUUUCAAUAUCAGCUCUCCUAAGAGAAAAAUUCCUAUUUCAAAUUCAAGUUUUUUGGAAAAUUUUGACGAUACCUUCACAGAGAUCUGUGAGGGAGAUAAUUCUGUAUCAAGUAAAUCUAAGAACAGUUCUGCUUCAAAGAAAAAGCGACAGAGCCCUGAUACAGCUACGAAGAAGGAAUUUCUUGAGCAAGCCAGGAAAAAAUAUGACAAAUCUAUGCGAAAGAAUAGCAGAAGAAGGAUUUUAAAAUUCAAUCACAACCAAAAGCCGAAUUAAGGAUGAUGCCAACUUCUUUAAAAUGCAAACAAUCAGAUGUCCCGGUAUUGGCGGCCAUGGCUUAACCAAUGGGCUUUACAGAAGCUUGUCACCAAGUAAGAGAUUUGUUAAAGAGAACCGACAAAGCAUUAUGACUAAUUUACCAAAAUUAGAGAACUCUGACUCUGAUAUAAGUUUUAAUAUAAAUAAAGCAAAGAAAAGGCCUAGAUGACGUAAUUCCCUUGAAAGCAGGAAUAAGCUGGUUCUAACCUCAUGUGGGGUUAUAAAGAAAAGAGAUUUGUUUACUAAUGAGAGUCAUCAGAACUACUUCAACAAUAAGUUAAUCAUGGAGAAAUACAAGCCAAUGUUGGAUUUGUGAAUUCCUGAGCAAAAGCAUCCCCGAUUAAGAAAUACCAAGCAGUCAAAAAGAGUAGUAUGAAAGACAAAUUUACAUCCUUUUAAGCGAAGGAUCAGAAAAUAAUAACUCAAUUUCAACCAUGUAAGAUAUUUCAGG